GGUGUGGAAACUAACAGGUCGCCUGCAGAAUCAGAGAGCCCGGGAAAAGAAGAUGGACGCAGAGAGUCUUAUUCAGCACAUUGAACGAGACGCGGAGCCCACUCUGUGGCCGCUUUUAGAGACCACUGACUGGCCUGAGGAUGGAAACGACUCGUUUGGGAAUCAGUUCCAGCAGCCGGACUGGCAGGUGGCUCUGUGGGCUAUAGCAUACUCCCUCAUCAUCCUGGUCUCCAUCACAGGGAAUGUCACAGUGAUCUGGAUUAUUCUGGCUCACAGACGCAUGAGGACUGUCACCAACUACUUCAUCGUCAACCUAGCCUUCUCAGAUGUAUCCAUGGCAACCUUCAAUACCUUGUUCAACUUUGUCUACGCCCUUCACAAUGACUGGUACUUUGGUCUAGGCUACUGCAGGUUUCAGAACUUCUUCCCCAUCACGGCUAUGUUUUCAUCCAUAUACUCCAUGGCUGCCAUCGCAGUGGACAGGUACAUGGCGAUCAUCCACCCACUGAAGCCCCGCCUCUCCUCCACAUCCACAAAGGUUGUGAUUGCUGUGAUCUGGAUUGUGGCGAUUUUACUGGCUUUCCCUCAGUGCUACUACAGUGUGACCAGGUUUUACUACCCCAGGACUGUGUGCAUGGUGGACUGGCCUGAUGACUAUGGAGGAACACAUCAACUAAGUUACCAGUAUGCUGUGAUUUUACUGAUCUACUUGCUCCCUCUGCUGGUGAUGUUGGUGACCUACAGUGUAGUCGGCCGCACGCUGUGGGGCGGACACAUCCCUGGAGAGGCGACAGACCAUUAUCACAGCCAGAUAACAGCCAAGAGAAAAGUGGUGAAGAUGAUGGUUGUCGUUGUGGUGACUUUUGCCCUGUGCUGGUUGCCCUAUCACAUCUACUUCAUACUGGGAUCCUUUAACAGAGAUAUUUAUAAACAACAUUACAUUCAACAGGUGUAUCUGGCCAUAUUCUGGUUGGCGAUGAGUUCAACAAUGUACAACCCCAUCAUCUACUGCUGUCUAAACCAAAGGUUUCGUGCUGGUUUUCGUCAUGCAUUUUCUUGGUGUCCCUUCAUCCAAGUGUCAGAAGAGGACAAGAUGGAGCUGCAGCACACGCACACCUUCAGAGUGACCAUGACACGCAGCCAUCGGAAUGACAACGCACACGCCUCAAUCAAAACACACAACACCUUCGACACUGAAAGAGAGAGAGAUGUCUGCAUGCAGACAGCGAGAAGAAACAGCUCAAACAAUGUGCAUGCAGGGAGGAGGUCAGACCAUACAAGAUCUGCAUCUAACAAGUACAACCACUGACUGCUGAUGAGAGGAAGCAUGGUUUCUGUAACGCUGCAACAGAGUUCACAAUGGAAAGACUGAUGAGGAGACCGAGGAGAACGUUUCCUGUGUCCACCAGAGUUUCACAGCUGUGGUGACCUUCAAUGUGGAAAGUUGUUGGUAUGGGAGCCCUAAACAGACAUGCAUCCUUACAUUUUAUUUACAGUUGUUUUCUUAAGAUCUCA